AGGCUGGGGCCGACCUGAUCACCCACGAGAGCGCGCCCAGGAUCGCCGCGAGCGCGGUCGGGCUGGAGCUCGGCGGAGAGCUGCAGCAGGAGGUGGUGGAGUUGUGCGUCGACGCCAUGGCGCCGCAGUUCUCUUCCUACGCCCCCAGCGACCUGGCGGUGCUCCCCUCGGAGGUGUUCCAGGCGCUGUUGCUGCGGGACGACCUGGAGGUGGCGAACGAGGACGACGUGUUCGAUUUCCUUCGCAAGGUGAGCGGCCAGCUGGACAGCAACAGCAUGAGCCAGCUCUGGAGACACUGCCGGCUGCACCAGCUCUCCAGGGAGCGAGUGUUGGAGGCUGCGCUCAUCGAGGAGAUACCCAAGGCCGCGAUCGUGUGGGCCAUGGCGCAGCUGCGGCCAGCGACCGCCUGCAAGACGAGCAGCUGCGUGCCGCCCUGGGCCUCGGAGCUGGCCGCGUGCCCCGCCAGCCCGCGCGGGCGCGAGAUCAGCUUCCGGGUGCAGUGCCCCACGGGCUUCGCCAGCAAGAAGAGCCUCAGGAGCCGCCGGCACGGCCCGCGCUGGUUCCGGUGGCGUCUGCUCGUCUUCCCGCUGGGCACCGAGUGCACCGGGACGCCCCGACAGGUGGCGGCCUUCGUGGAGGUCGUCCCCGACGCGGACGUCGUCUCCACCUGGAAGCUGAAGCACGUGAAGUAUUCGAUCACGGUGGUGAACUGGCGCGACGAGAGGCUAAGCGUGACCAAGGAACACGUGGUGGACUUCUCCGCCUCCGAGGUCGACAGCGGCUGGCACCGGGGCUGGGUGCCGCCGGAGACCAUGACGUCCUGCCAGGGCUGGCUCAGCGAGAGCGGCGAGCUCUGCUUCCGGGCGCGCUGCUGCGUGAGAGGAGCCACCGCCGUGGGCGUGGACCUCGCGGACACGGAGCGGUGAGGCCUCCGGGCGUGGAGCAAGGCUCGCGGCUCAUCGAGGGGCACGGGGCCUGGGCGAACAGACCUUGUGAGAACGCGCCUGGUGCGAACAAA